AUGGCUUUCGAAGUUCUGCUAAGUGGGGCGGCCUGCUUCCCGGCAGCCCUGCGGUCCAGGCAGCUGGACACUUUUGAUGCCUUCGGCUCGGGGGACUGCCUUCGGUCACCAAGCUGGUGGCUGUGCCUGCUCGGCGUGUCGACGAACUACCUCAUGCAUGGCUUCAUUUGGAACUACUCAAAGCGCUUUGCCGCUCUGUGUGACAAGCCGCCCCUCAAACUAUUGGGGUCGCAUCCCGUGGACGUUUUCGCGUCCCUAGAGGUUGUCGCCAAGCUCGUGCAAGCCGGAUCAGUUGGCAUGUUUCUGGGUCCAAGUGGCCGAAGCGCUUUGUGGGAGGCCGCUAGGACAGCCCCCGCCUGGUGCUGGGCGGUUUUCGCCGGGCUACUCGCGGCCGGGCAGGCCCUCAACGCGGCCACGUACAACGCUAUCGGUAAUGCUGGUGUCUACUACGGCUUCAAAUUGGGGCGGACAGUGCCGUGGUGCCACGGCUUUCCUUUUAACACGGGCUUGCGACAUCCACAGUACCUCGGGGUCGUGCUGACGCUUUUCGGUGCACUACCCAUCGUGGUCACCAGGGAGCUCACACAGCUCGGCUUGCCCCACUUGGUGCUGGUGUGGGGCUCGAUGUACGGCGUGAUGUCGGCCAUGGAGCAGGCCGGUGACAACGAUGACAAGACGUCUUAG